AUGUCACUUCCUGCAACACCGUUAUCGCCAUCAUCGUCGUCGCCGUCAUUCUCGGUCACCGGUAAAGCAUUGCAAUUGCAGUUAUCGCGCCCACUACCGCAAUUGCCCACACGUAAAAUCUACAAUCCAGCGUUUUUUUUCAACGAAACAUAUCAACAUGAAAUCGCCAAUAAUUAUCGUGACUUUAAGCAAAGAUCGCGUAUACCGCGUCGCAGGCGGCAUACGAUUUAUGUGCCAUACAGGCGUGAGGCCUUUUACGGUGUGGUGUCCGCCAAGUGCUCAACCAAGCAUGCAUUAAGCGAUAAUAAAUUAUUCAAAAAGGCAGCCAUAAUGGCAAACCACCUGUCAGUUGUGUCAAGCGGCAACAGUGUAUGCAACAAACCAACUAACCUGAACUUUCCAACACCUCUAAGAAAUCCACAACUCAGUCAACCGGGCAUGGAACAACGCGACUGCUUUGAGCUUAGCAUACCGAAAGCAUUUGUUCAUGUAUUCACUGCCGUUUAUACGACACCGCGCGGUCGUCAGACAUUGUGUGAGGACGCACCAGCUGACGAUACGUACAACGCGACGGUGCGACGCAUUCGCCAAGCUAACGACUAUAAGGAACUAAAAGUGCUGGUCGAACGACAGUUAAGGUGGAGUGCGAACCGCAAGAGUGCCGUGACCAAUAACAGCAGCAGCAACAGAAGAAGGGUUAACUCGACAAAGAGUAGCCUGCGGCAAAAAAGCGCAAAAGGUGAAGGGUUUGCUAGCUGCAAAGCGGAUAAGUGGGCCACGGUUGGUGAAAGAAAGUGCGAGAACUCAUCAAAGUUGCGAACAAAUAACAGCGCUGACGUCAAUGUAGACAUUACCUAUGCUAAUGGAAAAUGGUACGAUUAUAUUGACGAUGAUGAAGAAACCGAUAGUAAUGCAAAUGACAGCGUAGAGAAAGUUAAAGAAAAGGCAGUACGGCGGACACACUGUAAUCAAUCGUUGAGGACGAAACAAGCGACAUCAAAUACACCAAACAGUUUUUGGAACGCAGAAAUUCAGCGAAAGCCGCGCGAAGUUUUUUGUAGCAGAGCAGCUUCAGUCGUGAGUUCAUCUAACCGCGGAGUGAGACCACAAAUCGACAGCCACAACAAAAGGGAGCACCCGUUAAGCAAAGAGGACGUCGCCUUCCUAAAUUCUCCAGCGCAAUUUUUACAAUUGGCUUGCGAUUACUACGAGCAGGGGUUCCUGCAGCACAUCAACUACCUCCAAGCUAUCGGCAAGCGAAACGCCGCGCGACGCGAACAGCUGAAGCGUGCAACGAAGCGCGCAUCUUCACUGCAGACAAGCAACAGUAGCAACGACGAAACCGCAUCGGCAGCGACUAGCGCCACUAAUACGCCGGGGAAUACGCCACGUUUGCGUAGCGCUGAGCAAAUUUUCCGGCUGACCUAUCUGCUGCGACACAUCGGGCGCAAGCGUAGCUUUAACAUCGGCAUCAGCGCGAAGAAAGCGCAAUCCGCUGCCGAAAACGGUGAAAACAACGACCGUCGGCGUAACAAUUCAUGCGCGAUACGCGUUAAGAUCAAACCGAGCGCAACUCAAGCGUCGCAUUACAAAACCACCAACGCAGCUAAACAGUCGACAGCUGUAAAGUGCACGGCGACCACGUUAGAUGGUGGUUGUAGCAUGAACGAUUACCUGAAUGCCAAUUCGCCAACAACAAUUAGUAGUACAACAAAUACUGUAGCAACGCGCGCUAAUUUCCAUGAACUAAUUGAUCAUCUAAUGCAAUUAGAAAUAAGUGACAUUGAUGAGUCAUUGCCGAAAAUUACAUUAACAGAUUGUUCGGCCAUUGAUAACAACGGUGUCGAUGAGACAUCAGCAGUAGUAGCGAGUACAGUUACAAGAGCAACAGCAACAGCAACAGCAACAACAACAACACAGACCAACGAUAACGCAUUUGCAUUUGAAUUUAAUACAAUUUACAACAAUAGCAACAAUUUUAGUGCCUACAACGCGCUUCAUUCGCAGGUGAAGAAGCAGAAGGAACAACAGCAACAAGAAGACCAACAACAGGUGCUUAGUUCAGCGCGUCGCAACGGUUUCACGUUGAGAGAAACGAAAUUUGGUGCUAGUGCAUUGCAUUCGAGUCUCGAGCUACCCGAGGAAGUCUACUAUAGCAGCGAGGCGAGGCCACCGUAAAAGCUUUGCCGAUAAUAUUUUUACAAACUCAACUGUCUUGCCACAUCACGCAUCAAAAGCACUUUGCAGCAUAACAGCAAACAAUAAACAAUUCGCCACUCGACAAAAAAUCUCAACAAGCCCACGACGAAGCAUAAGAAGAUUUAUCGAACUCAAAAGUGCCUUCGUCGUUAACCGCAGUCGCUUAACAAUUCGCUGUCGUCCUUUGACAUCUUAAGUGUGAGAUCAAGUGCGUUGUUCGACGACUGAAUAGCUCGCCUCCACCCCAUACCACCGACAGAUAGCAUAGCUGUUGAUAUUUUAUUUCUAUUAACUUUCCGUUUUUUUUGCGCAUCAACGUCGCUGCUCUGUGAACA